AUGAAGAGCAACGCUUUGCUUGGCGUCACGGCGCUGCUCGGCGCCGCGUCUGCCACUCCGCACCCUGCGUUGUCGUCGCGGACAGACUCGGCUAGCACGGGGAAUGGUUUCUUCAACGUCCCGCAAGCAUUUCCGAAACUUCGAGAUUCAGGAUGGGCUUAUCAUGAUCUUGAUGGCUGUUACGAACCCGUGUUUAAAAAGGUCCACUAUCAAAACAAACCGAAAAUGCACCAAUUCUGCCAGGGCGUACUCAGCACGGGCGACAACAAUAAAGGAGACAUGAGCUUCCUGGAACAGGACCACAGCGACCCAAACAAACAACCGGAUCUCCGCGACGAGUACGAAAAGAGGUGCGCCAAGUACUCAUUGACCGUUGCCCGAGUGUGCCGAAACAUUCUUAAUAUGGAUGGCGUGAAGAGCUCAAACUCGAAAUGUUUGGCUGCUCUUCAGGAGAACAAGGACGCCCACAGGAUCUGCGUCAGAGUCGGCAUUGAAAAUAAUUUCGAGGGGACCGGCGACAUGCUCGUAAAGGAUUGUUUUGACAACAAAUUCGAACUCUAUGCUGCCUGCCGGGAGCUCCCAGGCACUCCCCAGAUCACGAUACCUAAGAGUUGCACCCAUACACCUUGCUACGAUGCCGCCGCGCGAAUCUUUGGCGACAACUUGUGCAAAACUAAGCCGCAGCCGGGAGACCUCUUCGUCAAGUCCGCAACCGCCCUUUGCGGCGCUUUGGACAUGGACCGGGUCUGUGAAUGCCACAAACCUGAGAAGCCCUUCGACGCGUGCGAGCGCAUCGGCUGUUACCCUGAACUCCGGAAGGCCACCGCCGAUGUGACCCUCUGGUGCCAGGAUGCCGUCAAGAAGGGCGAGGUGCAGAAAGCCACAGAGGCGACUAACUAUGGCCUCGGCCAGUGUGAAGCGAAAAACAGAGAAAGCUGGAGGUCAGAUGUGAUUGCAGCUUGCGCCUGCGUCCUGCCCACAGAAGACAAGCCGGCGGGCGUCCCCCAAUCCAACACCCCAAGCAGCUCUUCAACCGCCGGGCCCCUGACGUCUUCCACCCCCGUCUCCAAGGGCUCCUCCAGCGCCGACGCAAAGACCACCGACCAAGUCUCCAAGAACUCCGCCACCGACACUCAGACCUCGGGCAGUACCAUUCACACAACCGCGUCUCCAUCGGGCAGCCCCAGCAGCACGGCGUUCCCCUCAUCUGCCUCGCAGAGCCCGAGCCCCGUUACCUCUGCCAUCACCAGCACCUCCGACAAGUCCACCGCCAGCGACAAGCACACUGACGCACAGAGCACUCAUAUCUCUGGCACCGCGGCCGGUGGCCACGGCGGAGCUGACGCGUCCAAGUCGGUCUCGCAGGGCACAUCUCACUUCGCAACGGCCAGUGUCGCUUUCGCCACUCCCGUUGCUGGGGGUAAGAGCGUUGACGCCCAUGCCUCUGCCGGGGCCUCCGCUGGUGGCCAUGGCGGUGUAGACGCUUCCAAGUCUGUCUCGCAGGGCACAUCUCAGACCGGGUCUGCCAUUGUCGCGUCCUCCACCGCCAUUGCGGAGGGUAAGCCGGUUUCCAAGGGUGAUGUCGAGGAAUUGCUCCACUUCCUCAACAAGAAGCUGAAGUUCAAGAUCAUCGCCGGCUUUUUCGUCAUCGACGAUCUGGACAGCAUUCCCGAGAAUAUCCGAGCUGUCUAUGUCACUGUUAGCGUGCGUCUCAUCCUGCACAUCAACAAGGGACCCGACAAGUUUUCCUUCGAGAUCUGCGAGCCGCAGGAGCAGGGCCGUGUCAUCACCAAGUACGAGACCCAUCUGAUCUAUGGUGUCGGCAUCUGGGUCGCCCCCGCUGGCCUUAUUUCUGGACACGAUGCCUCAUCCGGGUCCCCUGUCAUCGGUGCCGACUCGGUUUCUGGUCCGGCCUCCUCCGCCAUCGACUCCGGCACCUUCGAGCUGUUGUGCAACAAUGGCGGCUUCUACACUGUCGUGAGGUUCGAGCAGAAGAAGAUGCUUCCGUCCGUGCCCGCCAGUCAGCAGCUCGAAAUCGCGCAUGCUGGCGUUGUCAUCAAGUGCGACAAGGAAUGCAAGCAGACCAAGUGCCAGGGCGAAGAGUGCCAAUCCAACCUCGUCAUCACCACUCACCCCAAGGGGUCCGUUGCCAAGCCUGUGGACGGUUCCAAGCCCAAGCCUGCCGACGGUUCCAAGCCCAAGCCUGCGGAGAAUGGCAAAGGCCCCGUCGCUUCCACCGGCAGCGUCUCUGUUUCCACCGAAAUCUCCGUCACAAUCACCUUCGCUCGUUGCGAGUCUGCUGAACAGUGCCACUGCAUCCGCACCUGCACUGACAACAACUGCGUCACUCAGCAGCCGACCCAGGGCAAGGCUCAGCCGGCUGUUCCCAACGACAAGGUCACCGCUCUGACAAUCGAGGCCGUUUCUCGCAAAGCCGUUCCCAUGAACAUUGGGGGACAACAAGGCCCGACAGGUGAAACCAGCCAGGUGCAGCAGCCCAAUGUAGGCAAUGAAGCGCCUGCCUCAGCCCAGCCAUUCACGCCCGUCAAGGCCCAGCCCGCCGCCGGCAAGCCGUCAUGCAUCCCUCGCCCUUCGUCUGGCCCUGCCGCUGUCGUUGGCUCUGGCCCUGCCCCUGGUGCUCCUCAGCGGGCUGCCCCGAUCGCCGCUCCCCAACCGGCUGUUCCCAACGCCGCUCCUCAGCCUGCUGCUCCCAACAGAGGCAAUGACGCGCCUGCCACAGCCCAGCCAUUCACGCCCGUCAAGGCCCAGCCCGCCGCUGGCAAGCCGUCGUGCACCCCUCGCCCUUCGUCUGGCCCUGCCGCUGUCGUUGGCUCUGGCCCUGCCCCUGCCCCUGGUGCCCCUGGUGCUGCUCCUCAGCCGGCUGCCCCGAUCGCCGCUCCCCAACCGGCUGCUCUCAAAUCCGCGCCUCAGCCAGCUGCUCUCGACGCCGCUCCUCUGUCUGCCCCCGUUGCCGCUGCUCAUGUUGGUUCCCCCGCCCCUGCUCAAGAGCAGCAAGGCAACGUUCGCCCUGCAUCAAGCUCGAUACCCAGCACAAACCAGGCCCCGGUCUCCACCAAAGCCCAGCCCGCUGCUCCUGGCCCCAACAAGGUCGACGGCAGCGUUCAGACUCAGUCCCUUGUCAAGGUCCCCAAGGGCGCCAACAACACCAAUUCCGCUACUCCCAACGGCUCUGGCUCUUCCCCGGCUGUCCCCGGCCGUUCCGGCUCUGCCCCUGCCGCCGGCGCUUCCGUCGUCUCGCCACCUGUCUCCGGCGGCUCGGCUUCGGCGCCUGCCAGCGGCAGCCGACCUAUCAACGGCAGUGCCUCCCCCGUCCCCGCCGGCAGCGGUGCCUCCGGUCACGUUGUCGUUGCAUUCAACGUCCUUGUCGGUGUUGUCGGCAUGGCACUCUUCCUUUAA